GGACGGUGAUUGACGUGGGGGCCGAGCCGUCGGUUGACGAGGCGCGGGGCAGCCAAUGGGCGUUGAGCGCGAGGGGAGCGAGACUGUUGCAACUGUGUGUGCGGGCAGCACGAGAUGCGAGUUGUGGCGCGGGCGAGUGGAAGGCGGCGGGCGAGCGAGCGUUCGGGGCAUCGGAUGUCGGAGCAUGUCGCCGCUGGCAGCGCAGCCGCGGCCACGGCCACUGCCCCUGGCGGGCAGCCGCUUCCUCUGCGUGCUGUCCGGCUUCGCUCAGGCACCCGAGCUCGGGCCGGUGUCACAAUGGGGCUGGAGAGCGGGCACCGUCAGAGCCAUUUCCCACAGAGAUCCUGCCAACCCGGAUUUGGUGAUCUUUUUGGAGUUUGAUGAUGGUUGGUGUCAGUGGAUAAAGCUGAACAACGAGGAGCUGAGAGUCUUCCUGGUCGAAGACCACUUAGCUGUGGCUGAGAGGAAGCCCGAAGAACUCGCAGAUGCUUUGCAGUGGCCUGUACUGACAUUUAAAUGCUUGACCGACAAGGUUGGGAUUGGAUCACUAACUCCUGUGGAAUUUCUUGCCAACAAGCGCCGAAUGUUUCUGCAAAAGGAUGUUCCUCUUCAGCCCUUGAAGAAGAACACGGACUGUUGGGACCAACCUCUUCGGGAUAACAAAGAAGUCAGUGCAAUGAUUAAGAGCUGGUUCAUCAAGCAAUCAUCUCAAGAGCUCUUCCUCUGCGGUACAAGCAACCUGACUGGCUAUAAAGUUAAGGUGUAUGACUUGAAAACUUCUACCCAUUGGUGUCCAGCCACAGUGACUCAUCACAAUUUAACAACUGGUUUGGUGCAGAUCAGAAAUGAGCAGUUGCAGGAGACGCAAGUUGUUGACCCAGCUCUGAUUCACAUGGCGUUCCUUAAUGAAGAGGAUGUUGAGGCGCUGACCAAGGUAGAAAUAGAAUCUGAUACAUCCACAAAAGCACAUUGUACAAAAAGGAAGUCUACUAAGGUCCAGGAAGACAAUCUAACCAAAAGGGUGAAGAGUGUGCCAGAGGCCAAGAACGAGUACUGCAGGAAGGAGCACAUCCCUGCAGCGAAUGCUGCUCGGCACAGCAGUGGUCAGUUGGCCCUCUCUGAUCUGGCAGCACUAACGGAGCAGCAGGGCAAGGAGGUGCAACAAUCUCUGGAAUCGGGAGCUUGCCCUAAAAAUGACCUCCUUGCAAAGGAAGUCCCUGAAGAUACAAAUGUUCCAGCUCCUCAGAAGCCAAGGCCUUCGUCUGGGUUUAACAAUAGCUGGAGUAGCUUUAAUCUGGCUUUCUCGACUCUGGAUAACGGGCGGACGGUAGUGGUGGAGGAUAAAGUCCAGCCCAGGAGUAGCCUUCGCACAACCCUUCGAGAUGCUGUUCCAUCAGUGAAUGCAGCUCCUGGGGCCUCAAACCUUCAGAAACCUCGGUCUGUCUUCACACUUUCAAGUAAAGAAACAACGAUCUGCUCUCCUUUCGAAGCUCAGUUUGUUCACUCAGCCCUGGGAGACAUGUUGCUUGGUAGUACUGCCACAACCCCUGGGAGCAAAGAUCUGAGACGCACCACACCUCCGCCUGCAAACUCCCCUCCAGCCAUCACCGCUGUGGCACCCUCAGGGACUGUGGAGCAGACAAGAAUGGUAGAGUCACUGGGUGAAUGUCGUGAUAUUCCAGCAAGCAGGGGUAAUGCUAACACUGUUUGGCCGGGUUUCAGCAGUUUGAAGUUACCUGUGGAAGUUUCAUGUAAAGCACCCUCGGAGGGAAACUUCUCAGGUGCAGGUGGUUAUAACACACAGGAGAUGUGGUCCGGAGUUUCCACUAGCUGUGCCUCUCAUUCCGAGUUGUCUUCCCAGUCGGCAGUGUUACUGCAGACCUCCAGAAAUGGGCUGUUGGAAAAGGCCGAGGAAAGGAAAUCCCUUCAAGAGAGUGUGAGGAUUGUUCCAUUGACCAGUCUGUCAGCCUGUGGUACGUCGCUUCCCACUCCGAGCUGCAAGGCCGCUGUGACGAGUGCCGCCCCAUUGCCUUUACCCCGGGCGUUCAGCCCAUCCAGUGACCUUGGCAUUGAUGCCAAGGGUCGACAUCCUGCCAUGCCUUUAGACUUCCCCAGACCUGCAGAGGGGGGUAACAACCGGGCUGUGCUGUCUGCUCCUGAGCAGCAGGCUGACGAGAAUGAUAGUGAUGCGGAAAGUACCACCAGUGACUUGAGCUGCUCUUCCGGACUGAGUUCUGAACUGGGCCCUGAUAUCCCAAAGAUCUGGGCCUCCACUCCAAGCCUUAAAGGGGAAGGAGGCGAUCGGCUGAGGAAUGCGCUGUUGAAAGCAGGAAGAGGCAGAGCCAGUGGCUCCCAGUCGGUGCUGAGUGACAUCCACAAGGUCCGUGCGUUGCAGCAGAGUGGCGAGUCCUUCCUGCAGGACGGCUCCUGUUUAAGUGUUGCUCCCCACCUGCGCAAGUGCAGGGAGUGCCGCUUGGCCAGCUACCACCGCUACAGGGAUGAGAACGACACGACUGUCUUCUGCAGAUUCUUCCACUUCAGAAGACUGUACUUUAACAAACAUGGAGUCCUGAGGGCAGAAGGGUUCCUCUCACCAAACCAGUGCGACCCCGAGGCCAUGCGGCUGUGGAUGCCCUCUGACACCGAUGUGGAAGGCUUGGACCUCGAUACCUCCAAGUAUAUCUUGGCUAAUGUUGGUGAUCAGUUUUGCCAGCUGGUCAUGUCUGAGAAAGAAGCACUGAAGUUAGUGGACCCUUGCAAAAAAAUAGCCUGGAAGCGGGCAGUUCGAGGCAUUCGGGAAAUGUGUGACGCCUGUGAGACGACCCUCUUCAACUUCCAUUGGGUGUGCCCCAAGUGCGGGUUUGGGGUGUGUCUCGAUUGCUACAAGAUGAAAAAAAACAAUCCUCACCAAGAUGGCAAAGAGAUCUUUUCUUGGUUUAAGUGUGCUAAUGGGCUGACCCACGAACUGGACAAGUUGAUGCCAACCCAGAUUAUCCCUGGUUCAGCUCUGUAUCAAAUUGGAAGUAUUGUGCAUUCUGCAAGGGGAAAAUGGGGAAUCAAAGCCAACUGUCCUUGUACAACGAGGAAAAGCAAGCCCUUGCCCCAUCGGCAGGUAUCCGUUGCCAGUGAGGCAACUCAGCAGCAAAGUAAUAGUCCAUCCUCCAGCCAGGCGCAGAGCUGUAACAGGCCAGCAGACUCUGAAGGUAGUUCAACGGUGAAUGUGCAUGCCACCAAGACGGACGCAUCUCCCAUCCCUGCUCCGCCAGUCUGGAAGAAAGAGGAUUCUCCCUUUGGUUGGAUGAUGGGCCUGACCAAAAGCAAAGAAGAAAGUCCAGGAAGCUCACAGAUGCCUGCCUUGAAUAAAGAGACUAAACCAGCUGGGUUGUGUAAUUCCCUGAGCAUGUUGUCGAAGUCUUCAUCAUCCCUGCAAACUUUCAACAGUUUGUUAACUCUGACGCCGAGCAGUUCCAAUGCCCCCAGCUCGCUGAGAAACCUGCUGAGCUCCAACUCAGGGAAGUCUGAAACAGGAACAAAAAGCACUUCCAACCUGUUGGAUGACAUCUUUGCCUCCCUGGUGCAGAGCAAACUGCCCAGCGAUGGCUCAAAGCCGCCAGGCAUGGUGAGCGAUUCCAAGGAGCUGUUGAAGGCCUCGUCGGGGAAGGGGACCAUUUUGGGCUCGGACACUCCUCACACCUGGUACUGCGGUGGUCGUGUUCUGUGCUUGCAAGAUCCCAGAAACAAGAAUAACUGGAAUAUUUUCCGAGAAUGCUGGAAGCAAGGACAUCCAGUAAUUGUAUCCGGUGUCCACACAAAGCUCCGAGAGGAGCUGUGGAAGCCUGAGGCCUUUGGGGAAGAGUUCGGGGAGCAAGAUGCAGACCUGGUCGACUGUAGAACCAACACUAUUAUCGCUGGUGCAAAAAUCCGAGACUUCUGGGACGGAUUUGAAGACCUCUCGCGUCGGCUUGCAACAAAAGAGAGGGUGCCAAUGGCUUUGAAACUGAAGGACUGGCCUCCAGGAGAGGACUUCAGAGAUAUGAUGCUUUCGAGGUUUGAGGACCUGAUGAAUAACCUACCUCUGCCUGAAUACACCAAGAGAGACGGCAAGUUGAACCUGGCUUCCAGGCUGCCAGACUUCUUUGUGAGACCUGAUUUGGGACCAAAGAUGUACAAUGCUUAUGGUCUGUUAUCAGCAGAGGACAGAAAGGUUGGGACGACAAACCUUCACCUGGAUGUCUCCGAUGCUGCUAAUGUUAUGGUCUAUGUUGGGAUCCCCAGCGGCCAACCAAAUCAUGAAGAGGAAAUUCUGAAGACCAUGGAGGAGGGGGAUGCGGAUGAGUUAACAAUAAAACGCUUCACGGAAUCCAGUGAAAGGCCCGGUGCUCUGUGGCACAUUUACUCCGCCAAGGAUGCAGAGAAGAUCCGAGAUCUGCUGAAGAAGGUUGGAGAAGAGCAAGGUCAGGAAAAUCCUCUGGACCACGAUCCCAUUCAUGACCAAAGCUGGUACCUGGAUAGGACCCUGCGCAAGAGGCUCUAUCAGGAAUAUGGAGUUCAGGGUUGGGCUAUUGUGCAGUACCUCGGUGAUGUGGUCUUCAUACCCGCCGGUGCUCCUCACCAGGUUCACAACUUGUACAGCUGUAUCAAAGUUGCAGAGGAUUUUGUUUCCACUGAGCACGUCAAACACUGCUUCCGGCUCACGCAGGAAUUUCGACACCUGUCUAACACGCACACCAAUCAUGAAGAUAAACUCCAGGUGAAGAAUAUUAUCUACCAUGCAGUGAAAGAUGCUGUUGCGAUGUUAAGAGCUCAUGAAUCCAGCCUGCUGAAAACCCAAGGGUGAUGUCCGGAAUUCCCUCUUAAGGCUGACUUCUCGUGGUAAAUCCGGACUUUGCUGACACAGACUUCCAGAAACUGAUUUAUUUGAGGAGGCCAUACAGCAUCCUUGUUCCACUGGCUAAAUUAGGAGAUGUGAACCUGUACUUCAUCUGGUAUAAUUUGUAAAACUGCGCAGCAAGGAUGUCUCAAAUUAUAUCUAAUAAUGCUAACAAGCAAACAUAAUUUUAGGCUCCCAGUUAAACAAUUCCAAACUAGUUUUGCUCUGCCCACCCUAUAUUUAUUCUCAUGAUUCUUAGUCUAUCUUGGAAUUGUGUGAGGAAUACUUGUUUGUGGUUUCCCACAGAAGACCAGGGAAGCAAUAAAGAAAGUCUAAUCUUCCCUAUUGAAGAUCAUUAGCUGUAGCCUGGCAUAGUUGGCAACAUCUUAGGUGUUUCAUGUCUAGUUGGAAAACAAAAUAUCCAGAUAUUUAUAGUGCUAAAACAAGAUAAACUCAAGCCUGAGAUCAGAGGUUUUGAUCUUCAUUGUCAUAGUGGAUUUAGCUCUUCUACAGCACUUCACCAUUAAUAUAGUUUCCAUGUUUGUCUGUACCUGGAUAUCUACAGAGUUCUAAAUGGAAGACAUCCAACAGUUCAUGAUAUUUGAUGAUUCUGUUAAUGUGAAUUGUGUUAAUUUUGUACUUAUCAUUUGGAGAAAUGUUUUGCGUUUAGCAGGAGUUAAUGAUCUGAAACACAGAUGAGUCGAAACCCCACCAGGAAUCAGAUUCACAGAACCAAUUAUUUACAGACUGAGGCACAUUUCACAUACUGCUGCUGUAAAUUUUCUAUUUGAGCUGGUAAAAAAAAUCAUCUCCUAGUCUUGAGCUAUUAACUUGUCCAGCACAUUUACAAACCCAGGACUCCUGUGAGCAAAGUACUUCCUAAUUGAUUUUUUUGCCAUUAUGCUGCAAGAAAAGUUUGUUGGGAAAUACACAAGUGCAUGGAUAAGAAUUCUAAUUGGCAUUCACUGUGCUGUACUACAGCUUCUGAUGUGUGGGUUUCCUUAACAAUGUAGGCAAUACACUAUGCAAACAAAUUGCAUUAUUAGAGAAACUUUUUUCUGUUAUUACACAGUUGAUUGCAAGUUCAGAAUCAUCCCCAUCCUGUGUUAUUCGGUUCAGCUUGACUAAUUUUCAUCCACUUUUUGUUUUAAAAUGUUGCUGAAAUUGAGUGCAAGUUUUUUGGUUGGUGUAUCAGUGGAGAAUGGCCUUGUUUCUUUGGCUGUAAAAUUUGAAGACUAUUCUAGUAGAACUAUUUUGUAGAACUACUAUAAAACUUUCAAAGUAAAUGAAAUCCCAAUUGUUGGUAUUUCAGUAACUUUGAUUACUCAGGACAUAACUGCUAUGUUGAAUGUUUGUGUGGGUUUUGUUUGCUUUGUACAUUUUACUAGUUCUGUGGUUUAAAUGCAGAGCAUCAAAGUUGAAGUCUGAAAAUGACAAGUUAAUAGAAUUGUUCAAAUGGUUGGGCAAUAUUUGUACAAUGUGAUUUUUACACAAUAUAUCAACAUGCUGUUUUAAAAAAAAACAUGGUUGUGCCUUUAAAUGCAUUUCAUUCCAGCCGAGGUCCCUGGUUCUAGAUGCCGUUUUGGAUGAGUGAUUUCAAGUGGUCGGUUAGAAAGUUCUUCCGAAAUCGCAAGCGAAGCAGAUGCAAUAAACAAAAACAUGAUUUAGGCUGAUCUAUUCCAAACCAUAAUACAAGGAGACUAUUUGAUCCAUUGUCUGUGCUCACUGUUUUGGCACUUGAUGAAAGCUCCAUUGAUUUUGAAGUUCGAAUAACAACUAUGGCAAGUGAUGUGUGGAGGAUGAGGUCAUCCACUAAGAUAUUAAAUAAUAUUUUAGUCAUGAGUGGUUGACGCUUUGUUCUUGUAGAUACCCAGAAUCUUUUAUUUCUCAAAGUCUGUUCACAGGUUCAGAAAGUAACAGGAGACUAAUAAAGCCUUGUUCUUGAGCAAGAGAGUUACAGGUAAAGCUUUGGUAAGUGAGCUCAUUCACAGCGCUUUCCCUUAAUUUCUUUCAUCAUAUCCUUGCAAAUCCAUUUUGGAUCCCAAUUUAAUCCUUUCAGAAUAUAUUGGUCACAUUUAUAUUCCUACUUGUUCUUGAAGCAGUAAGCUGUUGAAUAAAAGUGAAAGCUAGGCAACUCAUUAAACAUUGCAACAUUUCAGUUUUGGUGUAAUAAGUACAUCUGAAGGUACAUGAAACAGACUGUACAGUUCCAGUAUGAUGCAAAACCAUUUGGAUAGAGAAACCAAGUUGGGGUGUUUUCUUUGCAUCCCUAUUUAAAUAUUAAUAGAAACAUAGAAAACCUGCAGCACACUACAGACCCUGCGGCCCACAAAGCUGUGCCGGCAUGUCCUAGCCUUAGAAAUUACCUAGGGUUACCCAUAGCCCUCCGUUUUUCUAAGCUCCAUGUAUUUAGCCAAGAAUCUCUUAAAAGUAAAAGACCCUAUCGUAUCUGCCUCCUCUACUGUCGCCAGCAACCCAUUCCAUGCAUUCACUACUCUGCAUUUUUAAAUAAGAUCAACUUACCCCUGACAUCUCCUCUGUACCUGUAUUGUGAGUCAAAUAUAUGUUUAACAUGGAUAUUAAUAUUAUAUUGGUAAGUCAACUGGCACUUAAAAUAGCUGUCAAAAUCUCUCCACUAAUCCUAUUGUUUUACAUGAAAAAAACACUAGAUUAUAGGUUUGUUCUGCUGAGAAUCCUUCUGAUAAUUUCUAUUUCACUGGUAACUAAUAAUUAAAAUGAUCCAGAAUUGACUGGUAGUCCACUUAAAAAAAAGUACCAAGAUGCUUCUAAGAAACUAGUGAAGAAUAAGACUUAUUUUCUGCAAUGAGGUGGUUGCAAAAUAGUAUUUACCUGGUUAGAAAGCAUUCUAGGACAAUUCAAGUCAUGUCUUAUUCAUUUUUAUUACUGAAGGUAAGCAACAAUCACAGCUAUACUUGAAUGAUGCUAAGGAGCUCAGUUAUCCAUAUGUACAAAAAACUCAAGUGCUAGUAGUGAACAAACAUUUGAAAAGUGUUUAAAUAAGAUGGUUGUAAAUGAAGACUAAUACAGUAUGUGAUGCAUCUCCAAUUUCAAAUCCAACCCAAAGACAAUACUAAAAUGGGAUUAUUUCAGUCUGAAGAGCUUGAAUGGACUGCAGUUAUUAAAGAACAAGGCAAAUAACCUUUAUCUGAGACAGGCAACACAUAACAAAGUUGCUGGUGAACGCAGCUGGCCAGGCAGCAUCUCUAGGAAGAGGUACAGUCGACGUUUCAGGCCAAGACCCUU